CCUGCUCUCCCCUCCCCCGGCAACGCUGUAUCAGUACUCGAUCCCUGACUGGCCCCCUCCAUCACCACACCCUGCACUCAAGUUAUGAUGCAGUUCAUGGGUAGCGUACAUUUGCCCUACAUUGCCACUGGGGCUCCACCACAGGUUUUAUUUGAGCCCAGAGAUUAUUGGGAAUUAAACAGCUGUGAACGACUCCUUCCUGGUGAAUGAGAUGGCAGAGUGUGGGGCUGAAGGUGAACUACCUCAGAGGCGACUUGGUGUCAAGGAACAGCAAAACGGAGAGCUGACUGACUCAGAGCUGUCCGUGGAUGAGAGGAAACAGAGGGACAGUGAGGAGCGUGAGACUCUGGUAAUAUGGAAGAAACCUCAGCUCACACUCCACUACUUCACUCUGGAACUGCUCAUCACCCUUAAAGAGUGGCUAUGGAGGCUCUGGCAGCAAAGACAGACUGUGUUUGGCCUGCUGAUCCUGCUUAUCCUCCUCUCCAUUGCCUACUGUAUUGAAGGAACACACCAGAAGUAUGUGCGCUACAUGGAGAAGAAGACGCUGUGGUGUGCCUACUGGGUCGGCCUAGGCAUCCUCUCCUCGGUGGGUCUUGGUACCGGCCUGCACACCUUCCUUCUUUACCUGGGACCACACAUAGCAUCAGUGACCUUGGCCGCCUAUGAAUGUGGCUCUGUGGAUUUCCCCGAACCGCCUUAUCCAGACCAAAUAGUCUGUCCCCAGCAGAACGCACCAGACUCUGAUGCUGAGCAGGUGGGCGUGGAGGCUGCAACAGCGGUGGGUUCAGCUGCCAUCCAUGGAAGCAUCUCUCUCUGGACCAUCAUCUCCAAAGUCCGCCUGGAAGCUUGUAUGUGGGGUGCAGGUACAGCUAUAGGAGAGCUUCCUCCCUACUUCAUGGCACGGGCGGCGAGGCUGUCCGGGGCCGACCCCGACGACGAGAACUACCAGAAGUUUGAGGAGAUUCUGGACCAGACCCAGUCAGCCCAGGACUUUGCCACCCGAGCAAAAGUAGCAGUGCAGAAACUCAUCCAGAGGGUCGGAUUCUUUGGGAUUUUGGCGUGUGCUUCAAUUCCUAAUCCCUUGUUUGACCUGGCAGGAAUAACAUGUGGACAUUUUUUAGUCCCCUUCUGGACUUUUUUUGGUGCAACGCUCAUUGGGAAAGCCGUCAUUAAAAUGCACAUUCAGAAACUGUUUGUGAUCGUCACCUUCAGCAGGCACAUAGUGGAGCAGAUGGUCUCCCUCAUUGGGAGCACCCUCCCUCUGUGGGCCAUCCCCCCAGAUCUCAGCCAGUGAUGACACAGUUUGGGUACGACUCACUUCCUCAUUAAUUGGCUGAAACCAGUUCUUACAGGAACCGCCUGUGAUAAAUGUGAGAGUUCUGAGAAGUCAUUCAUUUCUCCUCACUGCAGCGGCAGAGGAGGCACUGCAGGGGAGUUGAACGAGUUCACCGAUGUGUGUGAGAGAGGGAGAGGAAGCCGAGUGUGUGUGUGUGUGUGUGUGUGUGAGGAGAACAGCCGAGCAGAGCAGAGCGGGAGAAUGUGGGUGACUACUGCUGCUGCGGCUGCUGUAUGAGGACCAGCCAACUUUAUUUAUGCCUAUUUUGAUCGUCUUUUGACUUUUUUAGUUUUUCAGCACCACUAUUUUCUAAAGCUGUGGUACAGUCUGUACUUUUUUUCCGUGUGUUUGUUUAUGUGUGUAUCUGUGGGGAUGAGCAGUGAA